GUUAAGAUUUGCGCCGCUGUCAAUGCAGCAGUGUGUUGCAACAGUAGCGACAGCGGCAACAACAGUAAUGUGGGCAGUGAGUGAGCGAAUGCGGUGAACAAGACGAAAUGUCAGAAAUAGACAAAUGAGGCGAGCAAAGAAAAGCGGAGAAUAUUUGAAAUAGCCAGCCACUAGGUAGCUCGUAGUUAUAUUGUUGGUGAUUGUGCUGCGGCGAGCGUUAGAAACGUGAGCAAAUUUCGUGUCGUGUGUGUUUUGUUGUGCGACAAAGUGAAAAAUUGCUAAUAAACAAAAUAACUUGAAACAAGCAAGUGCUUAAAUAUAUUUGAAAAUCUGUGCGUGAAGCGUGUGAAUAACAAAGGUAAAAAAAAGUAUAUUAAAAAGACAAAAGAAAGUGACAAAUGCAACGAAGCUGAAAAUGUGACAGUGUAUAGAAAUAUAUAGCAGAAUUUGAAAAAAAUUGUGAAAUAAAGAUGCAAAAAAGCAUAAAUAAAUAUUUAUCAAUUCUGCAAAAUUCAUUAAACAAAUAAAAAAAUCGCAUGAAAAAUGUGGAAUGUGUUAAAAGUUGAGUGCUUGUGUUCAAAAAUGAAAUUCUAAAAUAAAUUACAUAUAUCUGAAGAUAUAUGUACAUAGAUAUAUGUAUAUGGAUAUAUAAUACGUAUAUAUAAAAUUAAAUAAAUAUAUGUGUAUACAUAUAUAAACGCCGUUUAAAAAACACCGUUAAAAACACAUACUCUGGAUUAAGUGCAACACUACAGAACAUCUCUCUUAAAUUCAGGAUUAAGGCUGAGCUUGGUAAAUAAUAUCUAACACUAACAUCGGUUACCACAAGAUCUACGUACUUAUAUGCAAGCUUACCGCAAAAAACAAAUAACGGUACAUUAUCUGCGCUUGUGUGCUGUAACCGCUGUUGCCACAAAUAUUUAAUUCAACAAAUUAAUGUACAUUACUUACUAGCAACGAAAAUGUAAAUGUGGCAAGAAUGGCAAGCAAAUGUUGCGCGAAGUUCGUCUGUUGCCAACAAUUCCGUAUGCAAUAACCGCAAAAUGCACAACAACAAAACGCCGUAUUGAAACCGAACACAUAUGAAAACCGCUUGUUGGCGGGCCGCAAGCGAAUUAGGCGUCAUACAACAACAACAACAACAAUACAAUAUUGUCACACAUCAUCGAAUAUUUUCUUAGUCAAACACCAGUUGCUCGCAUCAGCAACCCAACAUGUAUCGCUUAAAUGUGCAACAACAGCAACAGCAACAAUCUCAACAGCAAUCCACGUCGUCAGCGUCGACGUCGCAUGCCAAAACAGCGACGCAAACGUCGUCUACCACCGCUGGCGCCGCCACCACCACCAUCAUACCCAGUCACAUUCUGCUCCAACAACAAUUGGCAGCUGCAGCCGCUGCCGCUGCGGCCGGCGUCAAUCAGCCACCGGCCACCAUAGCGGCAACGCAUCUACUCAGCGUCGCCGCCAUCGCCAGCGGUGAAGUGAGUAAUGCGCUCGAUUUGAAUGGUGUCCACCAACAGCAGCAGCAGCAGCAACAACGUACACUCAUCCAUCAGCCGCGGCAAGCGCAUGUCACACAUCAUCAACGGCUGCAUGCCAACAACAACAACAAUCACAAUGCCACCAGCAUUACAUUGGGUGAGAAGCCCACAAUCAUAACGAAUGUAUUGGCCGCAUCGGUGGAGGAGAAAAUUAAAAUCAUUUCGACUGCCAUUAAAACGGAACCGCUGCACGACGUCAUCGCGUUGACGAAGCAUAACACAGCGUCGGCAACGGCCGUGGCGGCAUCGACGUCAGCGCCACUGACGGCCGUUAACAGUAGUAGUUCUCACAGCAACUUCAGCAAUACUAGCAUUAAUCGUAACAGCAAUAAUAAUACUCUAAGCAACAGCAACAAUAGCAAUAACAAUCACGGCAAUACGGGCCACAACAACAACAACAAUGCUGUGAAUAACAGCAACAAUAUAAUCGCACUGACUGUCAGCACACUGCCGUCAACGGCAUCCUCAUCCAGCGGUACUUCCAUUUCCGUUGCUGCCAAUAAGUCUGCCGCCGCAGUGAGCAAUGCCACAACAAUAGCUGUGAGCCCACUAAAUAAUGUGAAUACCAUAAAUCUAGUUGUUGGUGGCGGCAGCGGUGUUGCUGCGGCUGGCGGUGUUUCCGGCGCUGCUUCAACGUCCAGCGGCGUUGCGGGCGGCGGCACUUUAGUGAUCACAACUGGCGGCAAUCACAGCGCAACGGCGUCAUCCUCUUCCGCGGCAGCUGCUGGUGGUAAUGCCAGCGGCACUGCCAAUGGACAUCUGGUCUUUGUGCCCAAGCGCGCCCGUUUGGAAUGUCCUCCAAGUAACGAGGAAUGGAUUUCCACCUCUAGUCCGGGUAGUGUGCCCAGUUCUGCGCCACCAUUGAGCCCAUCACCGGGUUCACAGAACCACAGCUACAGCGCGAAUAUGUCGAAUGGCUACGCAUCACCGAUGUCGGCAGGCAGCUACGAUCCAUAUAGUCCCAAUGGUAAACCAGGCCGCGAUGAUCUCUCACCGUCGAGCAGUCUCAACGGCUAUUCGGCAAAUGAAAGUUGUGAUGUCAAAAAGAUCAAAAAGGGUCCAGCGCCGCGUCUGCAGGAGGAGCUGUGUCUGGUGUGCGGCGAUCGGGCAUCCGGCUAUCAUUACAAUGCGCUCACCUGCGAAGGUUGUAAGGGUUUCUUUCGGCGCAGCGUUACGAAGAACGCAGUAUAUUGUUGUAAAUUCGGGCGCUCCUGUGAAAUGGACAUGUAUAUGCGACGAAAAUGUCAAGAGUGUCGCAUGAAGAAAUGUCUGGCAGUGGGUAUGCGACCGGAAUGUGUGGUGCCGGAGAAUCAAUGCGCUAUGAAGCGACGGGAGAAGAAGGCGCAAAAGGAGAAAGAGAAACAAACUACUGGCAAUUCGCCGAUCAUAUGCAAAAGCGAAUCCAUUAAGAAUGAAAUACUCGAACUGAUGAACUGUGAACCGCCGUCGCAUCCAACAUGUCCGUUGCUACCUGAUGAUAUUGUGGCCAAGUGCAGGGCGAGCAACAUUCCGCCGCUCACGCGUAACCAGUUGGCGGUCAUAUACAAACUGAUCUGGUAUCAGGAUGGCUAUGAACAGCCAUCGGACGAAGAUCUGAAGCGUAUAACGAGCACCCCCGAUGAAAAUGAAAGCCCGAAUGAUGUCAGCUUUCGGCAUAUAACCGAAAUUACCAUUUUGACAGUACAACUGAUUGUGGAGUUUGCAAAAGGUUUACCGGCAUUUACGAAAAUUCCACAAGAGGAUCAAAUUACGUUGCUGAAGGCCUGCUCAUCGGAAGUGAUGAUGUUGCGUAUGGCCCGACGUUACGAUCACAAUUCGGAUUCCAUAUUCUUCGCCAACAAUCGUUCAUAUACGCGUGAUGCGUACAAAAUGGCCGGUGUGGCCGAUAAUAUUGAGGAUCUAUUGCAUUUUUGUCGGCAGAUGUACUCGAUGAAGGUCGACAACGUCGAAUACGCUCUCCUCACUGCCAUUGUGAUCUUCUCCGAUCGGCCGGGACUCGAAAAGGCCGAACUAGUCGAAGCGAUACAAAAUUACUACAUCAAUACGCUGCGCGUAUAUAUUAUAAAUCGACAUUGUGGCGAUACCAAGAGUCUGGUCUUCUUCGCCAAAUUACUCUCCAUAUUAACGGAACUGCGCACGCUUGGCAAUCAGAAUGCCGAAAUGUGUUUCUCAUUGAAAUUGAAGAAUCGUAAACUGCCGAAAUUCCUCGAAGAAAUCUGGGACGUACAUGCGGUGCCACCAUCCGUGCAAUCACACAUACAGGCAAUGCAAGCCGAACAGGAAAGUCUGGAGGCCAAUGCGGCCGCAGUCGCCACCACAUCCACAUCAGCCGCCGCAAGUUCGUCCGCCUCCGGUUCACCCACUGACAUGAUUGGCGUUGGCUUUGCGAAUAAUUCACCCAAUUCCACAUCGGUCUCAACGAGCGCUAUCGGCAUGAACGGUGGUCUGUCGUCAGCGACAACGGCCGGUACGUCUAGCUUAUACGGCAUGCCAUUCAAACAGGAGUACAUAAUGGGUCCCGGCAGUGGUAUCGGCAUUGGCGGUAAUCUGACGCUCAAGUCAGAGCAUUUAAUUGGCAUGCAGCUGUCGAAUGACCAUCACAUGAUGGGCAUACAACUGAAGCAGGAGCAUAUGAUGGGUGGCGUGGAUCACAAUACGGCGGCAUAGCAUCACGCGCACGUGCAACAACAAUCGCUGCUGCUCGGUGGCAGUGGCGAAUGUAGUGGUGGUGGUGGUGGUGUUGAUGGUGUUGUUGAUGGCCGCAUGUUGCACGACAACGACAUGCAUAUGGAUGACAGCAUGGAUGUAGCCAUGGAUGGUGGUGAUGUCGUUGUUGGCGGCGGUCAAGGGCUCGAAUGAGCGCAGCUAGUGUGGCAACAACGCGCUAAUUGCUUGUGGUACGCUGUCUGCGUAGCGCCCAUUUUUAUUUUGGUCUAAUAUAUUAAGCUUUCGUUCGUUGUUAAGCGGUGGGGUAUGGGCGCUGCCUAAGCACAGUUGUUACGCAAGGCAAUGCGUUGCAGUUGGGAUUUUUGUAUGGCAGCUAGACAUGCAAUCAAAGCGAUUUAAAGUGAACUUGGUCGGCAUGGCAAUGUGUGCGCGUACCGUUGUAUGUAUGUAUAGGGAGGCGUGUACUUUAAAUUUUGUUGAUUUACGGUACAAGCUACAACAAAAACUGCAGUUAUUUAGUGAUUAAGUGAGCGCGCGCGCGCAAGCGUUGCGGCAUGCACCAAGUGGUGGUAGCAAAACACAAUGAAAAUAUUAUAAAAAAUAGUAUAAAACACACACACACACGCAAAUUGUUGCAUUAAAGUAACGAAGCAUACUUGUAAAUUAUUAUCAAUGCUACUGUACUGUCGUCAUUUUGUAUUUAUACAUAUAUAUAUAUAUUUAAAUAAUGGGAAAGUGUUGUUGUUGAUGGCAGACAACGUGUUUCUUACUUGUUUGUUGUCUUGCAGCAAAGUUGUGUAAGCAAAUUGCAGUGCGUGACGUAGAGGGUAUAUAUGAAAAACAUAUAAAUACAAUUAUUGUAAAAACGGAGCAAAAUUACUAAGCGCUUAGUAUGUAAUUAAUAAAUAAUAUAUAACAAAAAGAAAAUAUAAAUUUUAUUAUUAAAUUAUAGCGUAGCAUACAUUUAGGUGUAGCGGCGUCUUUACAUCUAAGCGGACAUUUAAAAAGCAUGAACAUAUACUAUAGGUCUGUUAACGAGACAGUCUCUUUUUGUAGUUAAACUAAAACACACAACAAUAAACAAUAUGCACACACACAUAUAUACCAAACUAAAAAACAACAAAACCAAUAAAAUAAAAAAUAAUUAAAAUAAAAAAC